GAGACAAAGCCGUAACAGUGUGAUGUAGGUUAUCCAUCGCAAACGAGCCUCGUCCUUCAGGAAACAGCGCCAGAUUAUUUAAUGUCGAUUCAGGAUGUCAUGGAAGUUGCGUGAAAGUAAAACUCUGCUCUGAUAUCCAUGGGGGACAAUGUCGACGUCAGAGCCCUGAGGGCUAAGUUUAAUGUACAGACAGAAACUGCCAGCUCUGGAGGUGGCGCAUCCCCGAGACAUUCUGCGGUGGGUCCUACGUCAGAGUCCUCGGCCAACGGAGCGGUCCGAAACAAGUCUUCACCUGUAAUUCCAAGGCCGAUCCUUCCAGUGAACUCCACCACCGAACCAAAAAGGUUUGGUCAGGCUCCCUCAUGGAGUCUUCCCCAAACCCCCACCCUCCCACCGUAUGGGAGCCAAAGAGGAGCCUAAAACGCCCCUCACAGAGCCUGAGAUCCCAGGGAGAGUAAAACUGACAGGAGAGCUUCUCCAAAACAAAAUGAUGAAGCAUGUUGAUGACAGGAAACCCCAAUCAUUUCCCAGACCUUCACUGCCCAGCCAGAAGAGCUUGUCUGAGGUGGCACCUCUGAGAAAGCCUCUUCCUGCUGUUGGGCAACGACCUUCAAAGCCCAGGCGACCCCCAGUGGUCAACCUGGACCAUUUACGGAAAAAGGCGCUAUCAUUUCAACCCCCAAGACGCCAAGAGACCAAGACAUCUGAGGGACCAGGAAGGCCACCAAAUAAACCUACACUCCUGCCACCAAAUAAACCUCCCUUUUCAAACCCAAACAUUGAGCACGAAGAGGAUACGUACGAUGAUGUUAAUUUGCCCCCACCUCCACCUCCUCCUCCAAAGCCAUCCUCCAGAGAAUCGUGGACUGACAGUUUCUCAUCUCAGGCUGGUGAGGACAGUGAUCAAAGUGAAAUUUACGAGCAUAUCGAAGAACAGGAGGAGUUUGCUCAGCCAGCCGUCUUUGAGAAGAAGAAACAAAAGGAACUCAAACGACAGCAAGAAACAGAAACGAAAGAACAAAAAGAACGGCGUAAAAAAGAAAAUGAGUACAGAAAAAAAUUCAAACUGACUGGAGAAGAGGAAGUACUGCACAUCGCUCGGGUGAGAGAGGACUGGCAAGGAGGGAAGAGUGAUCUGCGUGUGCGGCAGGGAGAGAGCGUGGAGAUCGUCCGAGUGAAGAACAAUCCUGAGGGGAAAUGGCUGGCUCGAAACAUGAACAGAGAAUAUGGUUAUAUCAGUAACACAUGUGUUGAUGUGGAUUAUGAAGAAGUGAAGCGGAAGCUUCGCCUCGGAGUCACACCCUCUUCCCUUCCUCCUCCAGUCCAAGAAGACGAUGACGUUUAUGAUGAUGUCGGCUCAGACGCCCUGAACAGCAGUUUUACUAUGGGCGGCGAGGUAUAUGAUGAUAUAGAUGCAGUCAUACCGGAUGAAUUCCCCCUCCCCCCGCCUGAGAUAUGCCAUGAUCCCAAGAAGAACAAGAAGCUGGAGAAGGAGGAGAAGGAGUUUAGGAAAAAGUUCAAGUUUGAAGGGCCUAUCAGGGUUCUUGGCUGCAUGAUGGUGGACCCCAAUGCUAAUAUAAAGAAGAGCGGAGGAAAAGACCUGUCUGUUGUACGAGGAGAGAUUCUGGAGGUCAUUGAGCAGACUAACGAGAAGAAAGUACUCUGCCGCAACAAUCAGGGCAAAUAUGGAUAUGUGCCCACAUGUUACCUUCUACAGGCGGAAGGCGAAAUAUAUGAUGACAUUGACAACAGGUCAGAUAUUUAUGAUAAUGAUGGACCUUUGAGGCCCUGAUGGACAGGAACAGAACAAUGUUGGAGAAAGUGGACAUAAAACAGAAAAGAAUUAGCAACUGAGCUAGGCUGAGACUAUGAGAAUACUUAUUUCCUACUAAGAAACUAUUCAAUCCUGAGGACAGAAAUACUUAAGAUUAUGAAUUAAAGCUUUGUACAUUAAAGAAAUAAAUGCACAUUUUUUAAAAUAAA